CAGCAAGCUCCCAGGAGGGCGUCCAGGCCAACCCCGCCGCUGUCUUGCGGCGACUCCCAGCUACGAGUUUUCAGCUACCGAAGGUUGGAUAUCGGACAUGAAUUACUCACGGUUCCUCACGGCCACGAGCGCAGCGAGAAAGCCUUCUGCCAUCCGAAUCAUGACUGAGACAUUGAGCAGGGCACCGAAAUCGGUCAUCUCCUUGGCUACUGGAUCACCAAACCCCAACACCUUCCCUUUUAAGACUGCUGUUAUCACCGUAGACAAUGGAGAGCCCAUCCAGUUUAAUGAAGAGAUGAUGAAGAGAGCACUUCAGUAUUCUCAGAGUGCUGGAAUCCCCGAGCUGUUGUCCUGGCUAAAACAGUUACAAGUAAAAUUGCAUAAUCCUCCCACCAUCAAUUAUCCAACCAGCCAAGGAAAAAUGGACUUAUGUGUAACAUCUGGCAGCCAAGACGGCCUUUGUAAGGUGUUUGAAAUGAUCAUUAAUCCUGGAGAUAAUGUCCUCCUUAAUGAACCUGUUUACUCAGGAACACUUCAAGCUCUAAUGCCACUGGGCUGCAACAUUAUUAAUGUUUCCAGUGAUGAAUAUGGUAUUAUUCCAGGCUCCCUCAAAGAAGUACUUUCCAAAUGGAAACCAGAAGACUCAAAAAACCCCAAGAGAAACACCCCCAAAUUUCUUUACACUGUCCCAAACGGCAACAACCCUACUGGAAACUCAUUAACAACUAACCGCAAGAAGGAAAUCUAUGAGCUUGCAAGAAAAUAUGAUUUCCUCAUAAUAGAAGAUGAUCCUUACUAUUUUCUCCAGUUCAACAAGUCCUGGUCACCAACAUUUCUUUCCAUGGACGUUGAUGGGCGUGUCAUCAGAGCUGACUCUUUUUCAAAAGUCCUCUCCUCUGGGUUGAGACUAGGGUUUAUAACUGGUCCAAAACCCUUGAUAGAGAGAGUUGUCUUACACACACAAGUUUCAACUAUGCACCCCAGCACUUUUACACAGCUUCUAGUAUCACAGCUUCUACACCAAUGGGGAGAAGAAGGUUUCCUGGCUCAUGUAGAGAGGGUUACUGAUUUCUAUAGGAAGCAGAAGGAUGCAUUACUGGAAGCUGCAGACAAAUGGUUAAGUGGUUUGGCAGAAUGGCAUGUUCCUACUGCGGGAAUGUUUUUAUGGCUUAAAAUUAAGGGCAUUUAUGAUGUAAAACAACUGAUUGAAGAAAAAGCCAUUAAGAAAGAGAUAUUAAUGCUUCCUGGAAAUGUUUUCUACACUGAUACCUCAGCACCUAGCCCUUACUUUAGAGUGUCCUUCUCUUCAGCUUCUCCAGAACAAAUGGAUAUGGCCUUCCAGAGAUUAUCCCAAAUUAUUAAAGAAUCUUUAUGAAGAAAUAUUUAUAGUACUCAUGGAUUUUUCAGAUAAAUUAUUUUUAUGAUUUAGCAGGAAGAAAUGAUCGUUGGCAUUAGAUUUACAGGUUAGAUUUCAUCAAACAUGUCAUAUCUGUAGUAAUUUAACUAGAUGACUUUUAAAGUGCCCUUAAAUUCAUCAGAUUGCCAAAAUAUAUUUAUAAUCUACUUAUACCUUUUGAUAAAUAUUCAGCUUGAAAAUUAUUUUUAUCCUGGAUUUUAUUGUAAAGAACUCUAGCUGCUCUAUGGUUUCCCAUAAAUUUUCCUUGAAACUUAACAUUUUACAGUAAAUUAUUUUGAAAAUGUAAGAAAAUAAAUUCAAAA